AUGUACCGUUUUGCUGUUCUGCUCGUUGCCGCCCUGGCCUGCGGUAGCCUGACCGAGGCCCUGACGACCAACCCUUGCACAAACGGUGCACCGCAACCGUCCCGUGUGACGAUCACCGGAUGCACGGAAAUGCCCUGCGAUUUGAUUCGUGGCAGCGAUGUGUCGAUGGAGCUGGACUUCGUAGCACCGUUCUCUGCGGCGACUCUGCGGUACACCGUGGUCGCAACUGCCCUUGGAAUCACUGCCCCCUACGAGCUGCCUGCGGAUCGCUCCAACGUAUGCGACUGGUUGUCGGGAUCUUCCUGCCCGAUCAGCCAGGGUGAGGAUAUUACCAGCACUCUGAGCAUGCCCAUUCUGCCGAUCUACCCGCUAGUCUCACUCGUAAUCCAGGUUGGCGUUGAGGAUCCGAGCAACACCGAGAACAGGUUUACGUGCUUCGCUAUUAAUGCACGUGUGGUAGUUGCUUAA